CUUGGCGCAACGCGGCCUCUUCAACUCCAUCAUCCACAAACAAUCUUUAAAACGUGGUUGAUGGUUCUGCUUAUUAGCAACCAACAAAGACAUUUUGUUGCAAACAGUACGACAAGAUGGACAAAUCAUGGUGCAGAUUAAUACCUGUCGUUUUUGCAACUCUUUUCUUAGCCGUAGUGGCAUUUAAAACUCUUUUCCCUGGAGAUGAUCCUUAUCGCUGUCGCGCGGUUCAGAAAACAGGCCGAUGGAUUGACCCGAUUCGUGAUGAACAUGGGAAUCGGGAUCCAUUUAAGCAAUGGCAGCCUGAUGGAUGUAUCCUCAACCACUAUGACUCACAAGAUAUCCGCAGAUGCACCGAGGGUCGUCCAAUUGUGAUCGUUGGCGACUCGACGUCUAAGAACCUCGGUCUUGCCAUGGCUCGCAUGCUCGAUAGUAGACAGUACAAGAAAGAUAAAGCAGCCAAGUUGUACACCAAGAUGACAUCCUUCAACAUGACAUAUCACGGUCAAAGCAUAGAACGCGUCACAAACGUCUAUAUCUCAUCACAUGGUGUUCCAGGUCGAGAACAGUUCACCAGUCCUCCAACCAUUGAAGACCAAAAGGGCCCUGCAUUGAUCUACAUAUCUGCAGGUGUAUGGUAUACCCAUCCUCACGUUGGAGGUAUCAACUCUACCGCCCUUGAUCCCUGGGAUGAUCGUUUCCCGGCAUACAAGGAUCAUCUAUCAAAACUUGACAAAUUUAUUGGCGAUAAUACACCACAUCAAGAUUGGUUCAACGCACCGAUGGACCCACGAGAUGGUAUUGGAAACCAGAUCUUCUACGCCCCACCCGCUGGACCGCGAUACUUGGGGAAUGAUACCGAGAGGAAGAUUGAUAGAGGUCGGCGAGCACAAGAAGUGAUCGAAAUGCAAGGCUGGCUUCUUGAAAAGGAGGAUGACUUCAACAUCCCGUUCGUCUGGUCCAUCGCAAAUCUUGUCGAAGGUCAAGAUAAGAUCUGGCGCGAUCCCCUCCGAACCGGCUUUCAUGUCAAGUUUCACGUUGCCGAGCUCCGAGCCAAUAUUCUUCUCAACAUGAGAUGCAAUGCAAAGUUGGACCGCAUGAAGCCGUAUCCUUAUUCAAGAACGUGUUGUACCGACUAUGGAGUCAAGCCAUUUGUGCAGCUCUCCGUCGUGGCGUUUGGCAUCGUGUACCUGGCUGUUUGCAUCAUUUGCGAAGUUUUGGACAUGUUCGCCGAUCGAAGUCCCAGUCAGCCUCGAUUCAAGCUCCUCAACAUGCAAGCCGGGUGUCUCGUACUAGCGCUUCUGAUGUGCUACUACGCUGAUAGGACGCAGAUGAUGGCCAAGGGUAGUAAGCUUUGGCAACUGAAGGACUUUGUCGCGCUUUGCAUUCCCUGCAUUUCAACCAUGUUGGCUACUAUUCGACGCGCCAAGUCCCCUGUUCCAGAGGACCUGUCAGUAGACAUUCAAGAAUCAGAUCAACCAUUCCUCUCACGAGAUCAGACUGAUGAGUGGAAAGGAUGGAUGCAGUUCUUCAUCCUCAUUUACCAUUGGACAGGCGCCCGCGGUGGUUCGAUUUACGUUUUCAUCCGUGUCUGUGUCGCGGCAUAUCUUUUCCAAACUGGCUAUGGACAUACACUUUACUUCCUGAAUAAGAACGACUUCUCAUUCAAUCGUGUCGCAGCUACGCUGCUUCGUCUCAACAUACUCAGCUGCUGUUUGGCCUACUUUAUGGAUACAGACUACAUGUUUUACUACUUCUCCCCUCUCGUGUCGUUCUGGUUCCUCAUCGUUUACGCGACCAUGGCAAUUGGCUCAAAGUACAAUAGUAAUCUGCAGGUCUUGCUGGCUAAGAUCUGCAUAUCGUGUGUCCUUGUGUCAAUGAUCUUCAUGGGUACGCCUCUUACGCGUUGGGUCUUUGAGAUUCUUAACACGGUCUUCAAGAUCCAAUGGAGUUACAAGCAAUGGCACUUUCGCGUAACGCUCGACAUGUUCAUUGUUUACGUCGGUAUGCUGGCAGCCGUUGCCAACCGGCACAUGAAGAUAGCUAUCCAUCUGGGGCUUCGUGUAACGCUUGCUCUGGCUGGCUUCUUCGCCACGAUACAUUACUUCUAUGCGACUUCAGGUCUUCGUAUGGUUGCAUACGCGAAAUGGCAUCCGUAUGUAUCUUUUGUACCAGUGUUGGGGUUUAUCGCCAUGCGGAACGUCUCAGGUCCCGUUCGCAAUUAUCACUCCAAAGCGAUGGCUUGGCUAGGUCGUUGCUCUUUGGAGACCUACAUCCUCCAGUUUCACAUCCUUCUCGCAGCCGAUACUGACGGUGUUCUCAUUGUUGAUGGUCUCUUCGGCGACGGAUCACUCAUGGGAGAUCGAUGGAGGACUCUCGCGAUCAUCCUGCCAAUAUUCCUCUGGGUCAGCCACGCAGUCGCUGGCUCAACAGGCUACAUCGUCAAGAUGAUUAUGCAUCAAGGCACCGAAGAUGAGAAACCAGGCAGACUUCCUUUCUGGGCUUGGCUGGAAAAGAUUCCAGGCUUCUCAGACCUCUCAAUGCCUAAAAUCCGGGUUAUGUGCAUUUUAUUAGUUAUGUGGCUGCUCAAUCUGAUGAGUCCAGGACAUGAGAUCCCGGCAGCCUUUGAUGGUGGACAUUCAGCAUUAAUUCAAUUCGCCAUGUCGACGUCUAGGUCUUACCCGACACAGGCUCUGGAGCUCGAGACUCUCAGCCUCACUCAUGAGACCGGUGCAACGCCGAAGCAGCCAAACCCAGUUUUAUCGACGACGGGGCGUCGGCUCGGAUCGCAUAAUGACCAUGAGCGCGACGAUGACCAUUUUGCUGGCUCAGGCGAUGAAGCCGCACCUCCAAGGGCCACUCUCGUUGUAGAGAAGUGGAAUGAACCGAUUGGCAAUGCCUUUCGAGUCGGCGCUGUCUACUGGAGUCUUUUUGUCUCAGGCGCCAACGAUGCAGCAUAUGGAGCUCUGAUCCCUUAUCUGGAGACCUACUACGAGCUCUCUUACCUCGUGGUCUCACUAAUCUUCCUCUCACCCUUCGUCGGAUUCAUCGUCUCAGCAGCUGUCAACAAUUAUCUUCACAUGAAUAUCGGUCAGCGAUGGAUCGCCUUCAUGUGCGGAGGAUGCCACGCCGUGACAUAUCUCAUCUUAUCGCAGCAUCCGCCUUAUCCUGUUCUGGUCUUGGCCUACGUCCUUGCAGGUCUCGGUAAUGGCAUCGGGCUUGCUGCUUGGAACUCUUAUAUCGGCAAUUUGGCGAGAUCUAAUGAGUUGUUGGGUUUUAUGCAUGCCAGCUAUGGACUUGGAGGAACUGUAAGCCCUCUUAUUGCGACCAGUAUGAUCACUCAGGCCAAUCUUGGCUGGUAUGACUUUUAUUACGUUCUUUUGGGCAUGGCUGUUCUUGAGACCGCAACUCUCACCUAUUCCUUCUGGCCCAAGACAGCUCAGAAGUACCGUGAGACAGUCCAUACAGAAGGCACCCGUAACGAAGGAACACGCGCCGCUCUUUUCGUCAAGCCUCAUGCUCGCGUUGUCUGGCUUUGCGCAUUUUUCCUUCUCGGCUACGUCGGUACUGAAGUUGCUCUCGGCGGCUGGGUCGUGCAAUUCAUGUUGCGCGUUCGUAACGCAAACCCUUUCGAUGCUGGAAUGACAGCCGUCGGUUUCUGGCUCGGUAUUACCAUUGGACGUCUGGUUCUGGGCAUGGUGAUCCCCAAGAUCGGUGUCAAGCUGUCACUCAUCAUCUUCAUCCCUAUUACAAUGGGCCUGCAGCUCAUUUUCUGGCUCGUGCCGCAAUUCCACGUCUCAGCCGUAGCAGUUUCACUGCAAGGCUUCUUCCUGGGGCCCAUGUUCCCUUGUGUCAUUGUUGCACUAACGAUGCUUCUUCCGCGACAUCUACACGUCAGUGCAAUUGGCUUCGCUGCUGCGUUUGGCGGAAGCGGUGCGGCUGUGCUGCCUUUUGCGGUUGGUGCGAUUGCGCAGGCGAAGGGUGUGCAGGUUCUGCAGCCAAUUAUUCUCGCUAUCCUCGCUGUGUUGUUUGUAAUCUGGCUUGGUCUUCCAAAGAUUGAGAAGAGGAAGGAUUAGGAUGGUCUAUAUUCCUUUCAGAUAUCGCAUUGCAUGGCACUGAAGAUGAGAAUAGGUUGUUGCUUUCUAGUACAAAAAGUCCAAAAGCUGACGGUUGCAUUUCCAUAUACAAUACGAUAGAUAAAUACAGAAAUUGG